AUGCAGACGACUAAGAACAAGAAGUCAGAAUGGAUCAAAAGUCUUAGAGACUUAAUCCUAAGCAACAAAGUCAAGUAAAAUACAUGGAGUUUAUUGAUUAAUGUUUAAUAGCCUCCUUCUUAUGAUAAAGAAAAAACAGUAAAUAAUGCUGGUGGAGAUGGGAGUAUUUAAUAUAUUGAGGAGCUAGUGUUUGAGAAUGGUGCAAUUUACAAAGGGUACAUGAAGGAUGGUUAAAGGCAUGGCUAAGGAACUUAAGUGUGGCCAGAUGGAGCAAAGUAUGAAGGAGAGUGGUUGAACAAUCAGGCUAAUGGCAAGGGUAAAUUUUGGCAUGCUGACGGAGAUAUCUACGAGGGAGAGUGGAAAGAAGACAAAGCCAAUGGCUAUGGAAUUUAUGUACAUGUGAAUGGUGCCAGAUAUGAGGGUAAUUGGAAGAACGAUUUAUAAGAUGGCUAUGGAGUAGAAACAUGGUCAGAUGGCUCCAAAUAUGAAGGCUAUUAUAAGGAGGGCACUAAGCAUGGCAGAGGUAAAUAUGUGUGGAACGACUAGUCCAUGUACGAUGGAGACUGGUAUGAGAACAAGAUCAAUGGAUAUGGUAUUUAUGAGUGGCCAGAUGGAAGAAGAUAUGAAGGCUAAUGGAAGGACAAUAACAUGCAUGGCAAGGGUAUUUACACUUGGAAAGACGGAAGGAAGUACGAAGGUGAAUACAUUAAUGAUAAGAAAGAUGGAUACGGCACUUAUACAUGGGCUGAUAGCAGAUAAUACAGAGGAAAUUGGAAAAAUGGAAAGUAACACGGAGAAGGUUAUUACCAAUAAGCAAAUGGAACUGAGAAAAGAGGAGUCUGGGAAGAUGGCAAGAGAAUUUAAUGGGUAGAGGAAUGA